GUGCGAGAGACUUCAUCAACAGAGAUAAAGUACAGCUAAAACAGAAUUAGCUUGCACUUUGAUAGGAGCUAAUCAGACCAAAGGACCAAACCCCUUUGGGUUAAAUACCAAAAAUGAAAAAUCUCAUCGCCUGCACACUGACGUUGAUUUUCUUCAUAGUUUUCUUUGCCGUUGGCAGCUACUAUUCCCUACAGCAUCCCAAGCAGAGACAUUUAAAGUCCUGUUUUGGCCAGGGCGGCAAAUGUCUGGAGGAAUACAACUGUGAGGAUCAGUACAAAAAUGAUUAUCUCACUUUGUGUGUGAUUAAGCGAAAGAUUUGCUGCAUGCCCCAGAUCUCAAUCAAGUCUGGGAUUCUGGACUACGAAUGAGUUAGCCAUCAGUAGUGUAAAAUUUGAAUUGUAGAUUUAUUAAACAAUAUUUUGGACUUGCUAAAAAAUGAAGCUACUGGCACGCCUGCUACACAUAAAAACACACUCGAAAGAAAAUAUAAAUCAAAUUCUAGA